AUGCGCGUCGACCCAGUUUCUAAAACAACAUCCGAUGUUCCGUGUGACUUUGGUGCUAAAUACGAUGAUUAUUGUCGUCAAUGCCAUUUAUUACCUCUAUCAAGCGUGAAAAUUAAACUCGAUACAGGCGUUAUCGAUUUAGACACGGACACACUGCGUUUUGAUGAUUGGACACCAUUAUGUUCUGCUAUUGGUACAUGCAAAACACUUCGUUCUCUCACAUUACGAAGUCAAUAUUACAACUCAUUAUCAACUAAUUUUGCUGAAGCCGAACGACGAACAUUGAAACGAGCCUCAUCUGCAUCGAAACGGCCACCCUUGUUUCAAUCGAAAGAAUUACUCUCGAAACUUUGCACACAUAUCAAAGAUAGUCUUUUAAUCACAACAGAACUCGUCUUACUUGAAUUCGAUGGUCUACCAUUUCGACGUAAAGAUUUGACAAUUCUGGCUCAAGGUCUGGCAAAAUGCAAAUCCCUUGUUCACUUUCGUUUGACAAAUAGUCCCAUUGGUGAUGAAGGACUUGACAUACUCUGUCGACAUUUGAAUCAAGCAUCAAAAAUUCGCGAAGUCGACUUUUCGGCUUGUUCAUUGACUAGCCAGGGUGCACAUAUCAUAGCUGAUUUAAUUCGACAACAAGGCAAUCGACGUCACACGGAUGUUUGGAAAGAAAGCCUUCGUCACCAACAAAAAGAAAGUUUACCCUAUCAAAAUCCAAUGCUUGAUCACAUGUCUGGCCUACGACGUGUGACAUUAAACAGAAAUCCAUUAAUCGCAGACCGUGGUGCAACAUUUCUAGCAGAAGUCAUCGAAGCGGAUCUUUGGAUAAAAGCUCUCGAUCUUCAAGAUUGCGCAAUAUCGACCAACGGUGCUAAAGAAUUCUUGAACGCUGCUAACUAUAAUAGUCUCAUACAUAUCAUCGAUAUUCGUAACAAUCCACUUGUCGAUCGAGAUGUCAUGGAGAAACUUAUUGAACAAUUAUUAGUAAAUUGUGAAGAUGAUCGCUUAUGCGAAUUUAAAUGGUUAAAACUUGAGUCGCCUCGACGUCCACGUUCAAAAAUAGCUCGUACAACGACAACAGCAGGCACAAAUCGUCCAGUUCAUUUUCAAUUGAAGACACCAUUUGAUCCAUCGAAAUUACAACGAAGUAAAUCAACUGGUUCCGUUUCCACGGAACCUCGAAGUGAUGGAAUCCCUUGGAGAACAGCUGCUCGUGCAAGUCGUCUUCCUGGCUUUCCACCUAAAUUACCAACGCGUGCUUUUCAUUCUUCCGAAGAAUCCAUCUAUGGCGCAGGUGGAGAUUUCCAACAACAAACACAAGUCAAAGAUAAUACAAUUAGUCGCAUACAAAAACUAGAGAAUAAAUUACGAGAAGAACGUCAAGCGAAAAAACAAUUAGAAGAACAGCUUCAACAGAUUUUAGCAAAAAAUGAUUUGGCACAACGACAACAAGAUCAGUUUUGUGCAGUAGUAGAAAAUACAUUUCAAAAAUUUCAAAAAUUUCUCGAUUUCCUUCGAUCGAAACGUUUGGGUGAAUUAAUCACAAUGGCUGGUCUUGAUGAUGCGUUUAUGAAUCCUCUUGAUGAACUUCGUGAAACAUCUUUAACGAUGGCCAAUGGAUCGAAUACAAAUCAUCAAUUGGCAUCAAUCGAAAAAAGCGAGGAACGCUCACAUUCAUCAUCAUCUUCUUCAUCGGAGACCACUACGAAAACAGAACAAUAA